CGGAUGUACCCGGAAGUAAUUAUCACCGGCAGGUCGUUGCACGCCAUCGGGGUAAAGUCCAAAGUUGGAAAGAUAAUAUCACUCCGGAGACCCACACUUUUAACCAGCUUCAACAUGUCUGAGGUGACCGACCAGUACUUCACAGAGCCCAUCACUGCAGUUGGAGUAAUCUGUUCUCCUAAUAAGGCUCCUGAUGACUACUAUGUUGUUGCACAAACAACAGAUGGCUCUGACGCCGACCUGUGGAAGGACGGCUUAUUCAAAUCCAAGGUCACCCGCUACCUCUGUUUCACCAGAAAAACUGGGCCUGAGGUUGUUGUGGACAUGAAGCUGAUUGACAUUAAGGACGUGUUGCCAGAGGGCUUCACACCUGUGGAGGAAACAAUGGACACAAAGGAGACUGCCAUGAGGAAGAGGAGGAUGUGUGUGAAAAUGAGUCCUCGUGCUGCUGCAGAGAAGGCUGUAAAUGACAUCAAGAUCACUGCGAAGUCCAAAAACCACCUUGUUAACUACACCUGCAUGGGAGAUAUAAACAACAUGGGGCUCUGGUAUGGAGUAGGAGUGGCUUCCCAACAACAAUCAACCCAGCAAACGUCCAGCAGAGCGAACAGUGAUGCUCCACCCGGCACAAUAAGACAAAGAGGAGGAGAUGUAGCCCGGAGAGCGAACGACAGCUGCGGAGGAAGGGAGGAGAGCUCCAAGAUCUCCGCCAUCCUGCAGAGUGUCAGGAGGACGACAAACAGGCCGACCUAUGAGCACCAGGGCAGCGGGACUUACACCAUGACAGCUCUGGAUGACGUGCCCUUUGUGAUCUCUGAGAAGUUUGGUGAAAGACGAUUCAAAGAGAUGCAGCAAGUCAAUUUAAUGGGCAUUACGAUCAAAUCCCUGGCAGAGAUCGAGGAGGAAUUUUACUACAACUUCACCACAGAGCGAAGUAUUGCUGUUUAACUUUGAACCCAGCUGCCAUGACAGGAAACACAGAACCACGAGGCCUGAAACACUGCAGACAGACUCCAGGGAUUUCUUGUAAAAUAAUGAAUGGAGGAAAUGUUUGAAGCAUUUUUAAUGAAUACAGAUAAUUAUGUAAUUUAAAUGAAAAAAUGUUUAACUUUUACAAAUUUUAUUUGAAUGAUUUAUUAACUAUUUUUAACAAUGUACAACUUUGCACAUAACAUUUUUAAAUCAUACCUUUUAAAAGUAACUUCUCUUUUUUGUUUCAUUUUACUCAGAGCUUCGAAUAAGUAGCGUUUAAAAAUGCUGUCACCCUCAACAAGUUGAACUUACUGAGCUCAUCAGAGCAACAUGUCCGUGCUGACAGUGAGUAGCAGUCAGGGAGGACAAACAUGCUUUUCUGACAUUUAUUUUCCUGCAGAAGCAUCGUUCCAUCACAGAGUUCAUCAUGAGCAGCGUGCAGCAAGAACAAGCAGAGACUCUGGAGGCCUUUACCCCAGACGCCCACCCACGUCAGGGCCACAGAAACAGAGCACAAUGCUGUAUCUUAUCUUUUUAAAUAUAUAUUGCUCCCAUAUACAGUGGUAUAGUUUUUUUAAAAAGGCAGAAUAAGUGUUGAUUUUCUCGCUAGCAGACCAAACAGCACUCUGCUGCCACUUCGCUGAAUCCAGAAGCUGAAUUUACACUUUGAUACCAACUGUCUCCUCACUCCUGCUCACGUGUCAUUUGCAGCUAAUUAAAUUGUCAGAAUCCA